AUGAAUGAAAGAAACAAAAAAGCAAGAAAUAUAAGAAUUUUCGAUUAUAAAUGGCUUCAUAAAACACAAAUAUCUAUUAACUCUACUUUUAAAAAAAUUAAUUUGCUGUAUGCUUGCUUUAUUUUUUUUUACAUGAAAAUAAAUGUCUUUAAUAUGAGAAAAAAUAUAAAUAUUUUUGAUUUCCUAAAAAAUUAUUAGAUUUUUGUAUAUCAUAGGAUAUUUAUAAUAAUUUAUUUAUUUAUUUUCUAAAUUUCAUAAAUAUUUAUAAAAAAUAAAAGCUUUGACAUUUACAAACAAAAUAUUUAAUUAAUUAACAAAUUCAUGUAAAAUGGCUAGAAGAGGUAAUUAAAACAAAAUAAAUAAAUUUUUGAAUUAAAAAAAAUAUUAAUUAAAUUAAAAUUAGGAUAAAAUGACAUCUAUUUAAAUUUAAAUAUAGAAAUACCUGCAUUAAAUAAAUAUAUUCGAUUUUAAAUACCAUAGUAUGCUCUUUUAAUUGAUACUGAGCCUUUAAUAGCUUAAAAUGUAGAAAUCUGCCCUUUUGGAUAAGAGAUUUAAUUUUACUGUAUUUAAAAUAAUUGCUAAUUGUUUUUAAAUAAAUAUUUAUAAAUUAGAGAUUUAACAAACAUAUAACAAGGAUAAAAAAUAUAUUUAUAAAUUAAUUCUUAUGGAGCUUGA